ACAUCAGGUCGCCCGGGCACAGUACGGGGUAGUCUGUGUUAACAUAACAUUUCGUUGCCCAGGCGGUGACUUCUCAUGGAUCGCAGCUUGUUUAUAAGUAGCUGAGCUGUCGCUUUAUUUCAUUGAAAGACCUCCGCCAUUAUAUCGAGAGGUCCCUUUUUGGAAAGUCUGCAAGGUGCAGUAGGCACCUACCCUGCUGAAAUGAGUGGGUCAAAGCCUGACAUCCUCUGGGCACCCCACCACAUGAACAGGUUUGUUGUUUGUGACUCGGAGCUUAGUCUCUACCACAUAGAAUCAGCAACAAGUUCUAACUCAGAAUUGAAAGCAGGGUCAUUGAGACUUUCUGAAGAGACAACUGCAACAUUACUGGCAAUAAAUUCUGACACACCUUACAUGAAAUGUGUAGCCUGGUAUCCAAAGUAUGACCCUGAAUGCUUAUUAGCAGUUGGACAGGCCAAUGGAAGAGUUGUUCUCACCAGCCUAGGUCAAGAUCACAACUCCAAAUGCAAAGACUUGAUUGGGAAAGAAUUUGUGCCUAAGCAUGCACGCCAGUGUAACACCCUGGCAUGGAACCCCCUUGAUAGCAAUUGGCUUGCAGCUGGCCUAGAUAAACACCGAGCUGACUUUUCAGUGCUAAUCUGGGAUAUUAGCAGUAAGUACACUCCUGAUGUAACUGUUCCACUGGAGAAAGUCAGACUUUCAGCUGGGGACAUUGAAAGUUGUGCAGUGGUGACUAAACCACUUUAUGAAUUAGGACAAAAUGAUGCCUGCCUUUCCCUUUGCUGGCUCCCCAGAGACCAAAAACUGCUGUUAGCCGGCAUGCAUCGUAACUUGGCUAUAUUUGACCUUAGGAACACAAACCAAAAAAUGUUUGUCAAUACUAAAGCAGUACAAGGAGUUACAGUGGACCCACAUUUCCAUGACCGUGUGGCUUCAUUCUUUGAAGGUCAAGUUGCCAUCUGGGACUUGAGGAAAUUUGAAAAGCCAGUUUUGACUCUUACAGAGCAGCCAAAACCAUUAACUAAAGUAGCUUGGUGCCCAACAAGAAAUGGUUUGCUAGCUACAUUAACUAGAGACAGUAAUAUAAUUAGACUGUAUGAUAUGCAGCACACUCCCACACCUAUUGGAGAUGAAACUGAGCCUACUAUCAUUGAAAGAAGUGUUCAGCCCUGUGAUAACUGCAUUGCUUCUUUUGCAUGGCACCCAACUAGUCAGAACAGAAUGGUGGUCGUCACACCAAACAGGUCAAUGUCUGACUUCACUGUUUUUGAGAGGAUUUCUUUGGCCUGGAGCCCUACCACCUCAUUAAUGUGGGCUUGUAGCAGACAGUUAUAUGAAUGUACAGAGGAGGGUAAGGCCAGUUCUCUAGACAAAGACAUAGCCACGAAAAUGAGACUUAGAGCUUUAUCAAGGUAUGGCCUUGACACUGAGCAGAUCUGGAGAAACCAUCUUCUGGCAGGGAAUGAAGACCCGCAGCUGAAAUCUCUUUGGUACACUUUGCACUUCAUGAAGCAAUAUGCUGAAGACUUAGAUCAGAAAUCUUCAGGCAACAAAGGAUCGUUGGUGUAUGCUGGCAUUAAAGCAAUAGUAAAUUCAGCCUUGGGGACAACAGAAAGUUUCAAGCACAGUUGGAGUGGGUCGGAGAGGCAGGCAGAUCUUGUACAUUUUACCAGCGAAGAAAGAUGCUUGGCCCUCCAACUCUGUGGGUGGAGAAAAAAAGGAGACGAUUCUGACAUGGGACCAUUUUUUAAUUCAUUAGAACAGGAAGGGGAGUGGGAGAGAGCAGCUGCUGUUGCCCUGUUUAAUUUAGAUAUUCGUCGUGCCAUACAGAUCCUAAAUAAAGGAGCGUCCACAGGAAAAGGUGAUCUAAACCUUAAUGUUGUUGCCAUGGCAUUAUCUGGGUAUACAGAUGAGAAGAACUCACUUUGGAGAGAAAUGUGCAGCACUCUUAGGUUACAGCUGAACAACCCCUACCUAUGUGUUAUGUUUGCCUUUCUCACAAGUGAACCUGGCAUAUAUGACGGAGUUUUGUAUGAAACUAAUAUGGCAGUGAGGGACAGAGUGGCCUUUGCAUGUUUGUUCCUGAAUGACACCCAGUUAAUUAGAUACAUCGAUAAAUUGACCAAUGAAAUGAAAGAGGCGGGAAACCUUGAGGGAAUUUUACUCACAGGCUUGACAAAGGAUGGAGUGGACCUAAUGGAAAGUUAUGUUGAUAAAACUGGAGAUGUCCAGACAGCAAGUUAUUGUAUGUUGCAGGGUUCUCCAUCUGACAUUCUUAAAGAUGAAAGAGUUCAGUAUUGGAUUGAAAACUAUAGGAAUCUGCUGGAUGCUUGGAGGUUUUGGCAUAAGCGAGCAGAGUUUGAUAUUCACCGUAGUAAACUUGAUCCUAGCUCAAAGCCGUUAGCACAGGUGUUUGUGAGCUGUAACUUCUGUGGAAAGUCUAUCUCAUAUAGUUGUUCAUCAGUACCUCAUCAGGGUCGGGGUUUCAGUCAAUAUGGAGUUAGUGGCUCCCCAACAAAGUCCAAAUUCACCAGCUGCCCUGGUUGUCGCAAGCCUCUGCCACGGUGCGCUCUUUGCCUGAUAAAUAUGGGAAAUCCUGUCUCCAGUAGCCCAGGAGUAUCAAAGUCUGAUGAGAAGGUUGAUCUUAGCAAAGAGAAGAAGGUGGCACAGUUUAACAACUGGUUUACAUGGUGCCAUAACUGCCGACAUGGUGGGCAUGCUGGACAUAUGCUGAGCUGGUUCAGAGACCACACGGAAUGCCCUGUGUCGGCAUGUUCUUGUAAAUGUAUGCAGUUGGAUACAACAGGAAACCUCGUCCCUGCAGAAACUAUCCAGCCUUAGAUGAACCUCUAUUUAGCCUUCUGCUGCUAAGCUUCACUUAAAAUGAGAUCAAGAUGGCCACCAGUUUUACAAAUAUUAAACAUGCCCAUUAUUCUCUUGAUCAGUUAUUAGAGGCUCUGUAAAUAUCUUAUCAGUAGAUCAAUAUUACUUUACUGAGGUAUUGUACAGAUUUUUAAAAAUCUUUUUGGCAAGAGCAACCAUUUUUUUCUUUAAUAUAUUUUGAAGCUUAUGGGUAGUGCGUUAACAUUAUUAUUUAAAAAGUAAAAGAAUGUGGAUGCAACAUGAAGUUCAGCUCAUCAGUGAGCUCCAGGUUUCACAAGACCCUUGUUGUACGUUACAGUACAGUUGUGACACCAUAUUGGUUUGCUUUGUGGUUGAAGGUAUAACUUGUUCACAUUGAAAAUGUAAUCUAUCACAUUACAUGUUGUUUUAUAACUAUAGUUAUUCUCAUAAUGUAAUCUUUAGUUGCAUUAACUUUUUCAAGAAAGGGAGCUUGCAUCACCAAGUGUCUGAUAAUGGUGGUGAGAGAAUAUCGUAUGCCCGUGGUCUAUUACCAAUGUGUCCACUUGAUGGGACACUUUUUUCAAAACUUGACAAUGUUCAAUUGAAUAUGAUAACUUGUUUAUUUAAGUAUUGUGUUUCUUAAAAGAGGAGCACAAAAAUAAACAAUAUGUAAAAUAUAAUGGGGAUGCAUUUGAAAUGGUAAUUAUUACAGGCAAGACUAAAGAAAGGGAAUUAACAAAACCAUGAAUUGUUACUGUAAAUGAUUUAAAGCUAUUUAUAUGUAAUUGUAUAUUAAAUAUUACAUACAUAAUAUUUAGAUAAA